CAUUUCAUUUUAGUGGUACCGAGAGUUAGCGAGAGUGAUUAUGCCAGCGAGACAUCUUCAGUGGGGGAUGGCGACAUAAACAAAACCCCCCGUUACAAGUGUACCCUGGCAAUUCCAAAAAUGUUCUGGAAAUAUCUUAUAGUAACGCUGUUACUGGUUGUACCCAGCAGCCGUUUUCUUACUUUGGCAACAGCUGAAUUCUCCCCUGCUGAUGAAGUAGAUCAACCAGUUAACGCAGAAGAAAAAAUAAUUGAUGACAUUAUAACCAAACUCCAAGAACAACAGCAAGCUGAUUCAAAGCAAAUAAAUAUACCACAGGAAAAAUUAGAAAACUCUCAAUCACAAGGCAUCAAUUUAGAAGAAGCGCCAGUAGCCAGUGUGAGCAGUAAAUCAGCUCCAGCAGCUACAACACCUAAACUAGGCCAGGCAGGUGAAACAGCCCUUUACCAGCACAACCCAGGGGACGAGGAUGGAGAGAAAAGAAGUGGAGGAUCGUUUAUAUCUGAGGAUGAUAAAACUUUUAUAAUUAUCCUGGCAUGUGCAGUGGCCACUGGGUUCAUAGGGCUCAUGUUUGCAGGUGUCUGCUACUACAAGUUCCGCAAGAGCGCCAAGGCUGCGUCUGAUGUUGAAUACCCAGCAUAUGGAGUUACUGGUCCUACAAAGGAGAAAGUGCCCUCUCCUGGUGACCGCAAGUUAGCUCAGAGUGCUCAGAUGUAUCACUACCAACAUCAGAAGCAGCAGAUGAUUGCCAUGGAAAAAGCUAAUGGUGAUAUGAAACACGACGCAUCAGAUGACGAGUCUGAUGACGACAAUGUGGAAGGAGAUUAUACAGUUUAUGAGUGUCCAGGUUUAGCACCGACAGGAGAAAUGGAGGUGAAAAAUCCACUUUUCCAUGGCGAUGAGACGCCUGUCACACCUGGACAAGAUAUUACAGGCCAACCUCAUGGACAAGAGCCAUCGCAAGAACCGGAGAAAUAAAAAAACCUCCUCUUGACAUGGCACACCCCCUCCCCCCCUUUCAUCCCUUUCCCUGGUUACAGGUCGUCAUUAAAUUGUCAUCUGCGGCAGUCAUCUGCUUACCUCCCUUGUUGUUUAAAUUUUUCAGUUCUAAACUGUGCAAGGCAAAA